UGCAAAUGUACAAAUAUAUUUGUUAAUAUUUAUCCAAACAAGAUUAUUCUAAGGUUAAUUUACGUAACAUUUACCUAAAUAUGGCUGUGUUAAAAAGUUUUGUUGUGUGCUUUCUGAUGCUGCCACUAUCAGUCGCAUGUGCCAACCAAACAGUCUAUCAUACUAUGCUCUAUGUGAAAAUACUGAAUUAUACAAAUACCGGUAUACUACAGCGAUCUGGUGGUAACAUGCCUGUAUCUACAUCAGGAUCUGGUGGUAACAUGCCUGUAUCUACAUCAGGAUCUGACUCGUGCUGUUAUAAGAUGCCGUUACAAAACUGUGCCCAUUUUUGUAAAACUGUCUUCUCUAUUUGUAUUGAGAGUAAAUGUGACACAUACCUAUUCAAUAUUACCUAUAACUACGACACUGGUAGAAUUUACGACGAGAAUUAUGGCGUCGAGCGGCUCAACGUUCAAAGCAUCAGGGAUCAGACAAUUAAUAUUGACGUAACUGAAGUUAAAACAAAUAUACGGACUGGUUUGACCAUUGAGUCCAAAAUUGAUAGCUUUGCCACAAAGUACAGUCGACCACCGUCUGGUUCCUUCUGGUUAAGCCGAAUGUUUACUUUCAGACUUCAAAACAAUGCAUCGUCGAUAGAUCUACAAAAAACAGCGUUUUGUGAAUCAAACUGGUACGAUCCUCGACAACACUGUUCCGAAAAUAUACCGACAAAUAAUCUUCAAAGUGUUCAUUACAACUUCAGGAAUAGAACGUUUGAUGCAGAACUCGAUUGUACGACUGAAGAAACGUCAAAGAUCACUUUUAUAACCAAAAGACCAUACAAAUUUACCAAACAGAUUCUUGAAGCACAACUUUCAAGGUUUAUAGCUGACAGAGUCUGUUCUUCAAUAGCUAAGGACGUUUCAAUACAGAUCCAGAGUGUACGCUAUGACAGUAAUUUACUAAGAGUUGUGUUUAGCAGCCACUGCAAUCUGCGCCAUUCGUCACUACUUUCAAUAGCCAAAAAGUUUAUCGAAGUAUCCGACCUCAAGUUAAUGCAAGCACUGAUGUUCCUGUCUUCAUAUGAGGAGAGACAAUAUUUCAUAGACCCUGUUCUGCGUGAUGACUUCAGUAAUGCUCACAAUCUGGGUAAUUUUCAACUACUUUUACGACUAAAACGAUUCGAGAAUCCUAACAACAUAUACUUCACAAAUGACUUCAGAGGAUUAACAAAGCAAAAUUGUCCAGCACGUGGCUGUACACCGUCUUUUCAUUUUACAUACCAAGGCGUUGAGCAUACACUUCGUAAACAUUCCCCGGCUACUAAUCUAAUGGAUUGCUUUGGGAACCUUGUUGACGAAUUGAAUCCGACGGAAAAGACAAAUAACACCCUGUUUUGGCAUAGCAGUAAAACAUGGAAUACACACGACUUAAUCAAGUUGGAAAUCUAUCAAAACGACAACAACAAAGAACUUAUUGCGAUCAUGGACAUCAAAUUAGACAAUGUUGACGUUGUUAGUUCAAGUUAUCUUCUAGCAAGACCUAUAAUCACAUAA